AUGUCUGUUGGCGUGGCUAUUAUUGGAAGCGGCAUCUUUGCCCGCGAAGAGCAUCUGCCCGCAGUCCAAGCCGCAAAGGACUUCCAGCUGAGAGCAGUCUACUCGCGCUCUCUCAAAUCCGCCCAGGAGCUGGCCAGCGGGACCCCGGACGUGGAGCUGUACUCCGAGGACUCGGGUCCAGGAAAGGGUUACGCGGAUUUACUUGCCCGCCAGGACAUCGCGGCGGUCGUCAUAGCCCUCCCUAUCCUCGUGCAGCCGGAGUUCAUCCGCAAGGCCCUGGCAGCAGGGAAGCAUGUGCUCUCCGAGAAGCCCAUCGCCAAGGACAUCGCCACGGCGCGGGACCUGCUGCAGUGGUACCAUGCCAACGUCGACACCCGCAAGACGCUGUGGGCUGUUGCAGAGAACUUCCGGUACAUGACCAAGUUCAUCCGCGCGGCAGAGGAAGUGCAGAAGCUGGGCCGGGUGAAGAACUUCCGCGUCCACUGCCACUAUCUGGUCGAGAAGGACUCGAAGUACUACAAAACGGCAUGGCGUCAAACCCCAGAGUACCAGGGCGGAUUCAUCCUUGAUGGCGGUGUCCAUAUGAUUGCUGGCUUACGGCUGAUUCUCGGGGCGCAGGACCCCAUCACUACGCUGUCUGCGCAGUCGUGUCUCCAACAGCAGUAUCUGCCCCCGCUGGACACGGUAGAUGCAGUGCUAAAGACCAAAUCCGGGGCUACGGGGGUGCUGUCGAUCUCGUUCGGAUCGGAGUCCGAGGAGUCGUCGUUCAAAUUCAACUGUGACGGGGGCGUGGUGAAUCUGAUCUCUGACGAUCUGACGGUCAAGGGCGAAACGAACGAGAUCGCCUUUGACGGAAGAGGCGUGAGCAGUGAAGUUGCCGACUUUGGGGCAACGAUUGCCAAGGGCGAUGCGGUUGCGAAGCGACAGAGUCCGGAAGAGGCGUUGGCGGAUCUGGAAAUCUUGGAGAAGAUCCUGGUCAGCAGUGAGAAGGAUGGGGAGAGAGAGGCCUUGAGCCUUCAGGUUUAA